AUGUCGCACGUUCAGGAUCUGGAGAAGAACCCCGUGGAGUCCGGUGUUGGCAGUGUCCCUUCAUCGGGAGAUUACCCGUACGACGAUGCUGCUGUCCCCGGGGAGAGCUUUGAGUAUGGCGACGGCUACUAUGGCAAGUUGCAGCGCCUGGCCGGCAAGUUCAAUAUUGAGCAGCGUGGUAUUGAGCGUGUGCCCGAGAAUGAGAGAACCGAGACUGGCAUCAAGGCCUUGUUGAACGUCAUGACAAUGACUGGCUUCGCCGAUGGUAUCUUGUGUAUCCUCUUCUUCAACAUCAUUGGUAUCGUUCCGGUAUCAUUCUUCUCUGCUCUUGGUCCUAAGUUCGGUCUCCGCCAGCUCAUCGCCAUUUUCAACGUAAUUGCCUGCAUUGGCUGGUCCUCGGUCAACUCGAUUGUUGGUGCUCAGCUUCUCAAUGCCGUCAACAACGAUGUUCCGGGAUGGGCUGGUAUUCUGGUCAUCGCUUUCUGCACCUUUGCUAUCACCCUCUUCGGCUACAAGAUCGUUCACAUCUACGAGUUCUGGUCCUGGAUCCCCACCUUUAUCGUUUUCUUGAUUAUUAUCGGUGUCUUUGCUCACACUGGCGAUUUCUACAACAUUCCGUGGGAGACUGGCAAGGCCGAGUUGGGUGCUGUGCUCAGUUUCGGUGCUACCAUCUAUGGCUUUGCUACUGGUUGGACCUCGUAUGCUGCCGACUACACUGUCUACCAAGCCAGCACUCAGAAGCGCUGGAAGGUCUUCGUUUUCACCUUCAUUGGCCUGUUCUUCCCUCUUCUGUUUACUCAGAUGCUCGGUCUGGCCGUCAUGACCGCCACAAGAAUUAACAAUCAGGAUAACAUCUACGCUCAGGGCUACGCGCAGUCAAAAACUGGUGGUCUUAUCGGUGCUGUCCUGGUUCCUCACACUGGUGGAUUCGGCAAGUUCUGUCUUGUCAUUCUUGCUCUUUCCAUCAUCGCCAACAACUGCCCCAACAUUUACUCGGUCGGUCUUACCGUCCAAGUCUUCGGCAAGUGGAUCCAACGUCUUCCUCGCUUCCUCCUCACUGCCAUCGCAACUGGCGCAUACAUUGCCAUAGCCAUUCCUGGCUACAGCCACUUCGAGUUGGUGUUGUCGAACUUCAUGAACUUCAUUGGUUACUGGCUCGCCAUCUACACCGGAGUUGCAUUCGCCGAUCACUUUGUCUUCAAGAGAUCUCUGGAUGCUUAUGUCGUUUCAAAUUACGAUAAGCCUCAGAACCUCCCCAUCGGCAUUGCCGCUGUCCUUGCUUUCUGCUUUGGUGUCGCCGGUAUGGUUACCGGUAUGUCGCAGACAUGGUUCGUCGGACCCAUUGCCCUUCAUGCUGGUGAUCCACCCUUCGGUGGUGAUGUAGGCAGUGCUCUUGGCUUUGCGUUUGGCUUCGUUUCGUAUCUAUUCUUGAGACCUCUAGAGCUCAAGCUUAUCGGAAGGUAG